AUGUCGUCCUUCGAUGCUAUCCCGGACCUUCAGGAAGCCAAAGCUCAGCACGAGUUCCAACGUACCCGUACUCUCAAAGCGGACCGUGCCUCACAUGUGCAACAGCAGCCUUCGCGUCCUUCUCGUCGUCGCUCCUCCUCCUCCAACAAUGCACCUCGUCAAGCAUGGAGGAAAUUAACACCUGUCGAAGCACAGGGAGAGUACCCCUCGUCGUCGAGACGCUUCGCUAGUGCACCCAAUGUCUUUGACUCUUGGGACGACGAACUUUCCCGAGCCUACCAAGACGAUGGCGACCACGGAUAUGAUAGUGACGUCCCUGAAGCUACCUGGGACUCUUCUUCAGAAACGGAGGACAUGGAAUCGGAUCCUACUCUCCUCAGUGACUUGAUUCUUCCUCAGACAGAAGCAUUGGGUAUGUUAACCUCUUUCCUCCAACAAGAGAUAAUCGACUUAUCACCACACUCCUCCAUGACAGAUUUCAUCACAAUUUCCGAGUAUCACCUUGCGCAGCCAGCCCAACACUUUCAACGUCCGUUCCCGCCGUCGUACAUGGCAUCACCUAUCCAUAACAUGGCCGCCAUUCACGACUCGCCCAUAGGGCCAAGUCUUGGAUUACCUGAAGACCCAAAGUUGUGGGUGGAUGAUCGCCGUUACUCGUCGACCCACUCCGCAACAGACCAAACUAGGCUCCGCUCGUCGAACACCGUCAUCAUCAUCCAGGAUUCCGUGUGGUGA